UUGGGGUCGCUUCUGGGAGUCAUCGAGUGCAUUGCAUUCUGAUCGUGUCGUUAGUCGCGCCCCCCUGUGAGUGGGGCCCCGUGUACGUGCAGAAUCAGUCGGCACAUGUGGAGGACGAUAGAGGCAGAGCUGCCUACGUAUGCAGUGACGUCCCUGUGGGCCGAGGAAAGAGACUCAGAUAAACCGUGGAAACAAUUAGACUUUCAUCUAAUGACAAUAAGCGAACUAAUCGGCACACUUGGAAUUCAUUGACGGCCGUCGUAUAUCGAUUGAUUGAUUGACAAGACGAGCAUGUCACCCGUGGGGCAGAAAGAGAAGGCUGCCCUCAGGCAGUGCAUUCAGGCCCGGGCCCAGCUGGAGGAGGCCAUUGUUGGAGUAAUCAAAGCUGAAGUUCAGCUUAGGAGCAACUCUAGAGAGGUGAAGUCUCAGCUGCACAGCUGUAUCAGUAGACAUCUUGAGAUCCUUCGCUCUCGUGAGGUCUGGCUGCUGGAGCAGAUUGAUCUGGUGGAGCAGCUCAAAGGAGAAACUUUACAUCAGCAGCUUCAGCAGCUGCAUUUGCUCAAAGGCCAGUUUGACAUCCUCAUUCAUCAGCUGGAGUAUUCCAGUAGUAACAAUCUUGCCACCCAGCUCACCAACUGCCUGGAAAAACUUUCUUCUCUCAAUUUGACUCCUGAAGAAACCCCAGAGAUGAGUUUCCAAGCAGAUGCACGCAGCUUGCGCCAGGCUAUCACUUCCUUUGGGACCAUUUCUACCCAGCAGAUGGAGAGCUCACAUUCUUCUGAGAGACCACGGCUUCUCCAGGACUGCCCAGUUGCUUGCAAGAAACAGAAAAUAGAUCCUGAAUGGGCCACACCUCUGGCUGAGUGGCUUCUAGGGAGCCGUUCGGUAAGCAGCGCUCCUGUAGGACACCACUUGAGCACAAACCCUCAGGACUGGCUGCUUGUUUCCAAGGAAUCUCAGGAAGAGCGACAGUUACCUGCCUUUGACUUCCAAAAGGCUUGGGGCCAGCUUCAAGACCUCGAGUCGUGGCUUCUUAAGGAGAAAUUGCCAGUUCGUGAGCGAACCUGCAGCGGGAGCUCAACCUUCUCAAUUGAGAUGAUCGAGGAAAGUGACUUAAAUAUAGAUGAGGUGGAAGACCAGCAGGAGAAAGGGGAAGACACUUUUGAGGAAGAAGAGCUCAACAAGUGGCUCAUCACCCCAAGCCCGGUCAAACAAGAUAAGACCAGCCCGGUGUCCGAUGCUGACCGCUUCAAGCAGAUCAUCAAACCCUUUUACGAGAGCUUCGCCUCCAGCGAUUGGCUAACAAAGUCUGACUGCAGCUCUUGCUGUGCCACACGUACCACUGCCGUUGAAAUCGAGAACCUUGGAAAGCUCAAGUGCCUGAAGACUCCACCUGUGUCCACUGCCAGCACUCCAGUCACCAGUCCGGAUCCCAUCGAGAUGUGGCUUCACAAGACCAUCCCUAUCGAGACCACCUGCAAAGCCAACGAGACCUGUGCCAGCUACGCUCAAUGUGUCUGUGACGACAACUGCGGAAAAGAGGCCCUUAGUGCUUGGCUCCUCAAGAAAGAGGGUCGAGAUAAGAACGGUGUUCCUGUCAAUAAGAACACCACAAACAAAGCCUCCAGCCACCAGCAGGAGCAGCAGCAGAAGGUUCAAGCCAUUCUAGAGGCGUGGCUACACCCGAGCAACAGUGCCAAGUCCCCUGCCCUGACGUCCCUCUCUGCCUGGGUGACCCCGUAUAUCAAAACCUCAGACUCUGAGAGCUCCACCCAGGAGCCUUUGCAGAAUUGGCUUGUGCCAGCAAUAAAGCACAUAAGCACAAUCACUGAGACGCCAAACGAACCAAAGAGCGAGAACACUAAAGAACAAGACAGCAAAGACACAGAGGAGGACAAAUGGCUUCUACGCAAACGGGCCAGCGCACAGGAAAGGCUGGGCCUACCCACAGUAUGUGACCUGUUUUCCUGUAUGAAGCUCGGUGGAGACAAAGAUAAGUGGCUACAUCAAGCAGCUACACAGAUAUGAAUGGAACAUCCACUGGCUUUCGGAGAUUGACUCCAGCGCUAUUUAAUUGCUGAUUCUUGCACAAUAUUUUUCUUCAGUGCUCUUUAGGGAUUCAUUCUCUCUGUAAUCUUUUGGAGAUUGAAAGGGUGAUCUGGACUGAAGGUCCUGGCCGAGAGGCAGGGCUUUUGGUACACCAUCACUUGAGGAAGUGUUAAUGCAGGGGAAUUUCUGUGAUUUUUGCUCUUAUCGGCUUAACGCAGUUAAAUUCCAGUAAUGUGGUGAAGACCAAUGUGUUUAUAUUAUUAUUCAGUCAUGUGAUUUAGAAAUCACAAGGAAAAUGGGCCAGAUUGGUGCAUACAAAACAAAUACAUUUUUAUUUUUUUCCCUAUGGAGGCAUAGUGGGAGGGGGGGUUUGGGAAGAACUAAAAUAAAAAAUAAAUCUAUAUUAAUUUUAAUCACGCACAGUUACAGCUUUUUUAUUCACGUUUCAGAACUCAGUCCCUCACAUUUGGAAGAAGACAUACUCUAAAGCAGAGAAUGAUUUCCUCUAUUAUCAGUUCUUUAAAUAUAUAUUUAUAUAGAAUUUUACUAUUUUCUCACGUAUGAAAUGAGCUUCCCUUGCUGUUUAUUUCAGUGAGUAUCGUAUAUACUUUAGUGACAUACAAAACUCAUACAGCAGUUAAACAGCAUAACAUCUGUUAUUAAAACCUCAAGACAUCUGAUGACUCGUGCCUGACAUUGAAUGUGUAGCAAUGCUUGCUGUCAGUCCACCUUUUUCUAUGUGUGGAAAACAAUCCAUCGUAGUUUGCCAUUUCUGCUGUGUCAUGGGCUACAGCAGCCGACUUUGUUGUGUGGUCUCUGUGUUAGGCUCAAACGUGUGGUAAAUGUUUAGCACAGAAUCACUAUAGUUCUUUUUCAAUUGAACUGCUCAUAUAAUAACGACUGGUAUUGCUUGAUGUCUCGAUUAACCACCCUGUCAACAUACAAGACAAGAUUUAUACUUUGCACUUGCAGAGCACAGGCUACAAGUGAAACUUGGUAAAUUAAACCGCUUCUUUUAGACAGAAAAUUCAUUUUCAUUAUUAUGUCAUCUCGUGUACCAAUCUUUCACUUAGUAAUGGACCAAGGACUUGGUACAUAAACAUUAACAAUGCAAAACUCAUGUUUUGUUUUCUGUCAGCAUGUGCCAGUGUUGGACUGCAGUAUUGCACACGUACAUAUAUGUAGGUUUAUCUCAAAUAUUGCUUACGUUAUCUCUAAUGCUUUGAUCUUUGUCAACUGAAUAAAUAAAAGUACAUAACUGUG